AUGGAUCUUGCCAUUGUCCCAUUUGAUUCAUUCCCCAAAGAUCAACAAAUGCUUUACCAAGAGUGGUUCAACUAUGCAGAUUCAGAUGGUGAUGGCCGCUUUACAGGGAGUGAUGCCACCAAAUUUUUUGCCAUGUCUAACUUGUCACGACAAGAUCUUAGGCAGGUUUGGGCUAUUGCAGAUACCAAGAGACAAGGAUAUCUGGAUUUCCAAGAAUUUGUUAUUGCUAUGCAGCUAAUGUCAGCAGCCCAAUCUGGGGAACCAAUUACACAUGACUUGAUCUCUAGUGAUUGUAAGUUUAGUCAUUAUUUGAAAAACCUAAAACCUCCCAAAAUGGAAGGUUUAGAUAAAUUGCUAGCAAAAAAAAGGAAUAAACACAAAGAAAAUGAUACAAUUAGUAAUGUUCCUCCCUCUCCCUCUCCAUCAAUAUCAAGUAAAUGGUUUGCAUCAAAGUCGUCACAAAAGAUACCUGCUUCGGCCGUAACAUCAAUUAUUGAUGGUUUGAAGAAACUGUAUAUACAAAAGUUGAGGCCUUUAGAAGCCACUUACCGCUUUAAUGAUUUUGUUUCUCCUUUAUUGACAAAUAGUGACUUUGAUGCCAAACCUAUGGUUCUACUUUUGGGUCAAUACUCAACUGGCAAAACAACAUUUAUCAAGCAUAUGCUUAAUACUAAUUAUCCAGGAGCUCACAUUGGACCAGAACCUACAACAGAUAGGUUUGUUGUUGUUAUGGCUGGACCAGAUGAAAGAAGCAUUCCUGGGAAUACAAUUGCUGUUCAAGCAGACAUGCCAUUUAGUGGUCUAUCAAGUUUUGGUUCAGCAUUUUUGUCAAAAUUUGAGUGCUCUCAAAUGCCUCAUCCUCUACUAGAGGAAAUUACAUUUGUAGAUAGCCCUGGAGUUCUAUCUGGAGAAAAACAAAGGACACAAAGAGCAUAUGAUUUUACUGGAGUAACAUCAUGGUUUGCUGCUAAAUGUGAUUUAAUACUGCUUCUAUUUGAUCCUCAUAAGCUUGAUGUUAGUGAUGAAUUCAAGCGUGUCAUUUCAUCCCUACGUGGUCAUGAUGACAAGAUUCGAGUCGUUCUAAAUAAGGCACACCAAGUUGAUACUCAACAAUUAAUGAGGAUUUAUGGAGCAUUAAUGUGGUCACUUGGGAAGGUUCUAAAUACUCCGGAGGUUAUGCGUGUCUAUAUUGGCUCCUUCAAUGACAAGCCAAUAGAUUAUGCAGACAAUGGUCCUCUUGGUGGUGAACUCUUUGAGAAGGAACAAGAUGACCUUCUUUUAGAUCUAAAAGAUAUACCAAGAAAAGCUUGUGAUAGAAAAAUCAACGAAUUCGUGAAACGAGCUCGAGCUGCUAAGAUACAUGCUUACAUUAUUAGUCAUCUUAAAAAGCAAAUGCCUUCAAUCAUGGGCAAAACUAAAGCACAAGAAAAACUCAUUGCAAAUUUGGAAGGAGAAUUCGCCAAGGUACAAAGGGAGUUCCAUUUACCACCUGGUGACUUUCCAAAUGUUGAGGAAUUUAGAGAGAAACUGCGUGGCUACAACAUCGACAAGUUUGAGAGAUUGAGACCAAAAUUGAUAGACGCUGUGGAUGACAUGCUAGGUUAUGAUAUUCCUAACCUCUUGAAGACUUUUAGAAACCCCUAUGGUUAA